AUGCGGACCUAUGAAUUUUCUCUCCAAGCUCCAAGUGAAGAAGCAGAUGGAAAAGCUGAAGUUCCCGAAUGGUUGAAUGCUGAGAUCUGCCAAGUCAACGCCAAACAUUCCUCGAACGAAUUGGGAAGAAUAAAUUUGAAGUUGGCAGCAGGAGAAUUAAAUGUGGAAUGUCUUGUAGGUUAUUUAUUUAUAUUUACUUUGUCCUUAGCAACAGCCACUUACCUCAAGACCAGAAUUUAAUGCUCAAGUCCAACGAAGCACGCCGAUGAAACAGGAUCAGCCCGAGAAUUUCCAAGAUAAUUUUGAUGUUGAUUGUUUCUUCCCCAGCCGAAACGAUCACGCUGAUCCCGAGAUAGCCGCCAUAAAUAAGGGAUUUGCUCAGAGUAUCGGCCAACGGAUCUAUCUUCUUCUUAGAAAUACUGUAUCGAAUGAAGAAAGGUAAAAUUCACAUUCAGAAGACGGUUUUAUUUUAUUUUCUUUUAGAAAAGUCAUCAAGAGUGCUAUGAAUUCGGCGCUGCAUGAACUCGAAUCAUCCUUAUAUUAA